AGGUGUCCAGGGCAGCAUCUCGUGCUCGCAUGUCUCCGCCCCAACGUCAUCCAAGCAUCUUUUGCCUUAGUCGUACACUGCGAGUCUGAGCUAUCCGGUGCAUUCACGCCCUCCUGUCGUGCCCGCCAUUGCAUUGCCCGCUGCGUUCCGCGUUGCCUGUCCGACGUCAUCGCUACCCGCAUCCAGGCCCCGCACACAAGCUAAACUUCCCGCGUCUAGCCCGGCAGCAGCCUGCAAACACACGACGGCAUCCGAGCCUUGGGCAUCCCUCGCACACCUGUUCACUCGCGCCCAGAGCUCCCGACCAGCGACGCUCUCGUCCUAUUCGCAACCCCCCUCAUACACUGUAGCCGCGCGACGCAGCACACACCUACCGCGACAAUGACGGGCGAGGCAUGGCUGUACCUGUUGGCGGUGCUGAUAAACGCCGUCAACCUGUUCCUCCAGGUCUUCUUCACCAUCAUGUACAGUGAUCUGGAAUGCGACUACAUCAACCCCAUCGACCUAUGUAACCGUCUCAACACCUACAUCAUCCCAGAGGCCGCCGUCCACGCCUUCCUGACCGUGCUGUUCCUCGUCAAUGGAUACUGGGUGGCCUUGAUCCUGAACCUGCCUCUCUUGGCAUGGAACGCAAAGAAGAUCCUCGAGAACCAGCACCUUUUGGAUGCGACGGAAAUCUUUAGGAAGCUCAACGUUCACAAGAAGGAGUCAUUUAUCAAGCUGGGCUUCCAUCUGCUCAUGUUCUUCUUCUACCUCUACAGCAUGAUCGUCGCUCUCAUCCGCGACGAGGCUCAUUAAUCGGGGACUCUGCCCCAGUCCUCAUCGUGGUGGCAUUUGCAGCUACGCCAGUUGCAGCCAACUACGGCAAGUGAUAUAGGCACGCCAAGAAGAACAAAAGAGGAAGAUAUUGAUAUCCGGCUCGCAGUGGAGCCACGCAUACGCAUGUUGCUAUAGGGAUGGCACGGCCGGGUUGUUGGUCUAAGGCAAUGGGAUAUUUGGGGGUCAAACUCCAGGAAGGAGAUCAUACAGAACAAGGAUCUGGACGGUUAGAUAUCCUGAUGUCGGAAUGAUAGCGUUAUGUUAGCCUAUUGAAUCGAAUUGCAGUUUCA